AUGACGACCUUUCUUGGACCCCCCAACGAGGAAGCCAACAUGCUUUUACCCGCUGUCAUUGAUAAUAGGGCUCGUCUUGAGCCGGACCGGCUCUUCUGUGUUCUCAUCAAUCUAGACAAGGAGGCUGGGGUCACUACUAGCAGGUGUCAUGCGGCGACUACGCCAACUCAAUCAACAAAUGUGCCUGGUGGAUUGAAGAGACUCUCGAAAAGGGUUCUCUUGAUGUCCGUUAAAAUCUCCGACGAAGCACAGCUCAAACUACUCGAGACUACAGAGUGUAGGGUCCUCCUAGUUGCGACAAACCUUCCUGCCAUUAGUACCUCCUUCAACAGGCUGUCACUCCAAGGUAAUCUACGAAUCAUUCCUUUUGAGGGGGUUGAACAUUGGAUCGGGCAGUCGAAAGUCCCAGAAUAUCCAUUCCUUGCUACUUUGGAAAGUGAACCAAAUCGACCCUUUGCGAUAUUGCAUACGUCUGGAUCAACAGGUAUACCAGAGCCUAUAGUAUACACUUUUGGAGCUCUCACAACCUAUCGCACAUGGCUCGACCCCGAGGCGACCAUAUCUGGAGAACAACGAGUUACAGUUGAUAGAUGGAAGAACAAAGUUCAUUAUGUUCCUUUUCCAACCUCUCAUAUGACCGGCCUACUUAUUGCUACGGCACUCAAUGUCUACUGGAACAUGACUCCGAUCCUGGGAUCAAGUGCUCUCUUCACAACACCGGCAUUGGUUGCUACUAUACAUAAGCUAGAUAUAUGCGACGCGUCUAUUUUGCCUCCGUCCCUCCUCGAAGCAAUGGCAAAAAACCCUGAAUAUCUAGAAGGACUCCGAAAACUAGACCAUGUCAUCUGGUGUGGUUCUGCCUUUAGCUCAUCCAUCAUCUCGAACAAGAUAAGUUCUGUGGUCCCGAUUUACGCAGCCUACGGUACCACCGAAGCUGGCCCUCUUCCUCUGGUCUUGAAAGAUCAGGAAUAUCAUGAAUAUAUGACUUUCAGCCCGCUUGUUGGCGCACAAUGGCCGACUAAAGAUUUGAUGUCCAAACAUCCUACUAAGGAAGGCAUGUGGAAAUACCGUGGCCGUACAGACGACAUCAUCGUAUUACUAAACGGUGUAAAUAUUAAUCCCCUAUUAAUGGAAGGAAUCCUCAUGUCACAUCCCAAAGUCGUAGCAGCUCUUCUCACAGGAACAGGAAAGGUAAAAGCUGCCUGGCUAAUAGAGGUUGUUCAUCCGCCACAGAAUGAAGAAGAGACUACUUCCUUGGUAGAAGAACUCUGGCCUACUGUCGAGAAAGCAAAUGAUGCCACUUAUCGUACGGAAGGCAAGGUUUCCAAAGAUAAUAUCAUCUUCACUUCGAAAGACAAGCCGAUGCUGAGAGCUGGAAAAGGAUCCGUCCAGCGGAAAUUUACACUUGUGGAAUUUCGGCUGGAGCUGGAUGCCCUGUAUGAAUGA